CCUUCAACUGUGCCACUGCUCCAUCCAAAUCCCCCAAUUCAGUCUGUUUGUGGACCCCCACCCUCCAAAAGGCAACCCCAGCUCUUGCAGCAGAGUCCGUCCCCUAUGGGGAAACAGCUUUGAGGAACUCUAGAGGGUUAAAAAAACACAGCUCUGAAACGAGCCCUGGGGGAAAAGUCACAUGCACCAGGAAGGUUUUGCAAGUCAACGCUCGUAGCGCUGGGUGAUGGGAGUGCGGAGGUGCGAACCCUCCCCUGCAGAGGGACCUCCCCAACCUGCGGGGCACAGCGAUGGGCGGUGUGGGGCAGUGAGGAGGAGGAGGGGGCAGAGUUUGCACCCUGAGAGCGCUGCUGGAUGAGAAAAUGCUGCCGUGCUUAUGGAAAAGUGGAAUCUCAAGGAAGUCACCAGUGGGAGUCUGAAUGAGGAUUUCACAGCCUGGUCCCUGGUGAGGAGAGGGAGCUGCCUGCUGCUGGGAGAUAGGGGAGAUCUCCAGCAAGUGCUGAAUUGCUGACCCUACAGCCCAAAGUUCCCAAGGAGCAGAGCCUGCAGCAUGGCCUAUAAGAGCCAGGCUGAUGGGAUUGAGGAGAACAGCCCGCCUUCCUCCAUCCUGUAUUGUAAGAGUGAUUUAAAGGAAGGAUCCCUACAGUGGGUGAAAGAAGCCCGCAAUGGCCAAGUGCUCAUGGUGCUCAGCAUGGACAACACCUGCUCGGCUGCAUCCUUUGACAUGGAGCUUUGUGCAGAGAAACUCCAGUCCCUGGGGGUUCAGGUGGAAGCGGGUGAAUGGAGGAGGCUGAUUGAGGAGGCAGUCCUGAAGCCUGAAGUGAGGCGGUACCUCUUCUACAACUCCAGGGCAUUCCAGAUUGCCAUUGCUGUGAUUUUCUAUAUGUCUCUCUGGACAAACAUUUACACCACGGUCCAGCUCUGCUCCUUUGGGCACUACUGGGAGGCCAGCGUGCUGGUGACUCUGGUUGCAGUGGCUGUCACUGUGGUUGUGAUUCUAAUCAUUGACCACCGCCAGAGGAAGAUCAAUAUGAACACAGAUGUGCGGCUGGCAGCUGUCAAUGAAUUCUUUAUCAAACACAGCUUAAUUCUGGGGAUUACUGAUGACCUGGAUGGGCCACGCAGCAUCCUACAACUCUGGUUUGUGCACUUCAGCCCCGAGCGCUGCCUUCAAUCCCUGUCAGCUCACAUCAUGGAGCUGCGGCAGGCACAAGAGCUGGGCUGGCAGCACAGGCUGGACCAGCUCUGUGUGGUGAUGGAGGUGGCUGUUCCUGCAGCAGAGGACACUUCAUGUGAGGAAUCACCUCUCUUAUCUGGUGGGGAGAGCUUCAAGAAAGAGCCCAUGAUGUGCAAUGAGCUGCUCCAUCUCAUCCCUGAGGGCCCCCCAGAGGUGAUGGCCCAGCAGCUCCUGGUGAUCUUCAGUGCCUGCUACGUGCGCCUGCUGGUCAGUGGCCGGCUGCCCCAUCCUGUGGCCACAGGGCACAUGGAAAGCAGCAGCGUGCCCUGCCCCUGCCAGUUCAUCCAGGCCUCUGUGCUCAGCACAGAGCAUUGCUGUCUGCUGGGCAGGGGGCUGCGGGGGGCUGAAGGGCAAGGACAGCAGUGUGAAGAGGCAGAGGAGGCUGUCACAACUCAUCCUGGACUCCUCUGGAAGAAAGAGUGGAAAUAGGACUCUAAUAAAGCGUGCAAACUUGC